AUGGAGGCCAACCCCGAGUCCCCGAUUGACGCGCUCCCCAAGGCCCCCGCGAAAAAGGACGCGGGGGACCACCCGAGGGCCGCGAGGCUGGAGUCCGAGGUCGCCGCGACGGGCGAGCUGCACCAGAUCUGCGACGCGCUGCGCAAGCAGCUGGCGGCGCAGGCGCGCCCCGGCGUGGCAGGAGGCACGAGCUUGGCUGCUGCAGGGCCGAGCAGCGACCUCGCCGCCGCCGGCGCGUCGAGCCAGGGCGGAGGGCGGCUGGGCCUUCCGGAGGAGAUGCUGCGGCCGUUGGCACCGGAGCCGGUGGCGGCCGCGGGCGGGCAAGACCCUCGCAGGCCGAUUCGCCUUCCGCUGGGCAAGAUCAACGAGGCGGUCGCUGCGGUGGUCGUGGGCCGCUCGUCGCGCGAGCACGCAAACUCGUUCGAGAUCAACGACCCCCUCGUCAGCAGGAAGCACGUCCGGAUCGACACCAAGGCGUGGCCGGUGCCGGAGCAAGGCGUGCGCGGCGAGGACGUGAUCGCGGUCGCGACGGCGCUCGGCGCAAACCCGAUCGGCGUGCGGCACCACGCGGACGAUUCGGUGGAGAAGGCGGACCGCGGCGAGACGCUCAACUUGUUUCACGGAGACGUGCUCGCCCUCCUCGCCGCCGACAACGCGCACCCCGCGCGGUACGAGUAUUCGCGACUCGAGCAAGAGGGCGGCGACGGCGACGCGGGCAGCCUCAGAGGCUCACACGAGUGCCCGAUCGAGCUGUGA